GCAAUUACGACGUAUUGUUUUUAACAAGCUGAGGAAGUAGCGUGCGUUUGUACUCUGAGUUCACAUACUAAGUGGAAAAGAACAACAUCAAGAAUAGAAAAUAAAAAUGGCUGAAUGGGACCAAGUAACGUAUUUGAAGAAGAAACCAAUGAAAGCCAAGGAAGCGCGCUCAAAAGAGGCUAUAAACACAGCAAUGAGAAAAGGAACUGGAGUUGAUACAGAGAAAAAAUUUUCAGCAGCCUCAAACAAACAACAUACAGCAUCAAGAGAUACUGCAAAGUUGGACCGGGAAACUGAAGAAUUACACCAUAGCACUAUCACACUUGAUGUUGGGAAAAUAAUACAGAAAGCAAGAGUAGAGAAAGAAUGGACCCAAAAAGAUUUAGCAACUCGGAUAAAUGAAAAACCUCAAGUAGUGAAUGACUAUGAAGCUGGGAGAGCAAUCCCAAAUAACCAAAUCAUGUCAAAGCUGGAAAGGUCUUUGGGGGUGAGGUUGCGUGGCAAAGAGAAGGGAAUGCCUAUACAACCAAAAAGCAAAAAGUGAACAAUCUAGGCUUUGUGACAUUAAAGCCUACCUGUUCCUUUGAUAAGUUUGAAGUUUAGAAAUGAUAAGCAUGUUUUCAUCGCUGUUGUUCAAGGAACUCUUCUCAGUAAAUCAUCUUUAUAAAUUCAUGAGUUGCCUUGUUAUUAGCAGAUUUCUUGCUUGUUGCUUACAGAUUUGAAAAUGAAACUCAUUUUGCUUUUGUCUUGAAAA